UCGUUUUAUGUUUGCAAAUGAGAUAUUUAUACUUUAAAACUCUUUAUUAUAAGUAUGUUCAAAAGUUGUUGUGCGCGACCGAGCAAAAAAAUAAGUAAAAGCAAAUCCAAACCAGAAAAAAUGGAUUCAAACUCAGAAUCAGAUACCGAAAAUACAAAAGAAAAGUUACCGACGAACGGGGAUGAAAAUACGCAGGCAAAGGAUGAGUUGAAACAAACUAUUAAAGAAUCGGUAAAACCAGAAGUUGCAAUAGAAGAAGAUGAACUUAAAAUUUCUAUUGAAACCACCGCUGAUGAACCUACCAAAAUGGAAGAUACUGAAGAGGCACGUCACGAUUCUAUCAGUGAGGCUGGAGAGGUAGACACAUUAGAUCUCGUGCUUCCUAAAAAAGACUUGACAAGGAAACGAUAUUCAGUAGAUUAUAACAGGACCCGUCUAAAUUUUAAGCGGUUUUCUGUAGACUGUCGCCGCGACUCUGCCACUCUUGAAGAGUUGUCGCGUCUAGAGCAAGAGCUAGCAAGGACUAAUGUAGAUGUUCGACCAGAACGAGGCCGUCGCAAAUCCUCAGGGAUAUUAAAAUCUACAACAAACAGUAGCAACGGCAUUUCAGAGCACAGGCCCAGCAGUAAACAAGAGUCGGAUACCGAGGAUGAUGAAGUGUUUGAGGAGAAUGCUGCCAAACCCAGUGAAAAUGAAGGGCCUCGAGAACCACCAGCUACACCCGUUGGUAGAGACGAGCUAGCGUUAAGGAGGCACAGAUUUUUUUCGGAUCUUGUUUGUGCUGCACGCGCUGCUGUGGAGCAUCGUGUUCGCUUUGAUCCACUUGGCCCUGUAGUGGCCGACCCAGGUAGCGAAGCCGACGCUGCAGCAGCGAUCCAGAGCCCAGCAUCUGAGCUCGAGACCCUGAUCGAGCGCUUAGAGCGCGUCACUUCGCGCCUAGAGCGCCUACCGCUGCUGCGCGCGCGCACGCCCACUCCGCCGGGCUCUCCAGCGCCCUCGCCCGUCUCCGAGCCCUCGCUGCCACCUCAACCCUUGUGUUUUGAACCAACCGACAACAUGAGCGUUAACGGUUACCAGGAUAUAGUGCAGGGGCCGCUGCAGGCUUACUUGCAACUGUCGCAGCAAAUCGGUGGCGAUGUGGCUGCACACGCCAACCUCGUCAAUGCCGCCUUCCAGGCGCAACUCCGCUACAUCCAACUGGCUACAACGAGGAGCAAGCCUGCCCAGGCUGAGGAGAUGCAACUCCUCGCGCCGACCAGCGAGCAGAUCUCUGCCAUCCAGCAGUUCCGCGAGAAGAACCGCGCUUCGACGUACUUCAACCAUUUGUCUGCGAUAUCUGAGAGCAUCCCGGCUCUAGGUUGGGUGGCCGUGGCUCCCACUCCAGCUCCCUACGUCAAGGAGAUGAAUGACGCUGGCCAGUUCUACACGAACCGAGUGCUGAAGGAGUGGAAGGAGAAAAACAAGACGCACGUGGAGUGGUGCCGCGCCUGGGUGCAGCUGCUCUCUGACCUGCAGGCGUACGUCAAACAGUACCACACCACGGGACUCGUCUGGUCUGGUAAAGGCGCGGGUGCUCCGCCCCCACCUCCUCCCGGCGGUAUGCCCCCACCGCCCCCGAUGAUGGAGGCCGACUUCUCCAACCUGUCCGUCGACGACAGAAGCGCUCUCUUCGCCGAAAUCAACCAGGGCGAGAACAUUACUAGCAGUCUGCGCAAGGUGACGCCCGACAUGCAGACUCACAAGAACCCGCAGUUGCGACAGGGGCCCGCUCCAUUCAAGGCGGCCCCGGCGGCCAAAGCGCCCGUCAAGUCGCUCCCCACGCCCGGAGCUGGGGCGCUUGACAAACCACCGGUGUUCGCGCGUGAUGGCAAGAAGUGGCUCAUUGAAUACCAAAAAGGCAACCAGAACCUGGUUGUAGAGAACGCUGACAUGAACAACGUUGUGUACAUGUUCCGUUGCCGCGAUUCAGCGCUGACGGUGCGCGGCAAAGUUAAUGGCGUCGUGCUUGACUCCUGCACCAAGUGUGCCGUGGUCUUCGACAACCUCGUGUCCAGUAUCGAGUUCGUCAACUGCCAGUCGGUGCAGAUGCAGGUGCUGGGCAAGGUGCCGACGGUGUCGAUUGACAAAACGGACGGGUGCCAAAUCUACCUGUCGCCGGAGUCUCUGGAUGUCGAGAUCGUCAGCUCUAAGUCUUCAGAAAUGAAUGUGCUCGUGCCUAAGGGCAACGGCGACUAUUCUGAGCACCCAGUCCCGGAGCAGUUCAAGACAGUGCUUAACAAGGCUAAGAGCGGCAUCACCACCACUCCCGUGGAGAGCACGGGCUAAGCGUCCCGCGCGCUCGAGAACCACGCCUCGUCCACACAGCUUUCAUUACCAUUCGAGGCGAGGCGACUCCUUAUUUAAAUUAACAUACUUUGCACGGUCUAGUUCAAUAUUAGUUCACGUACAACGACUCGCCUCGGAACAUCCACUGAGAAGCACAAACUAGCCAAAUAACUUCAGACGUGCGACGAGUUCUCGAGCAACAUGUGUAUCUAUUUAGUCUUGUAUCGAUCAUCUUAUUUAAGACCUGUCUUCGUUUCUUGCUCAUUGCGCUCGAUUGUAGUAUUUAAAUAUUAUAAAUCUAAUACGACGUAGAAAUAACUAUAACUCAAGUAUUUACUGGCCUUUGUGUGUAAUGUAAAGAUGUUCCUUACACUAACGUUUGUGAUUUUGACAUUGUGAAGAAGGUAAACAUGCUUUGGAGUACCGCUCGGUACGGGAGUUAGUUAAGUUAGCUGUAAGGUGUGUGACUGUCUCGAGUAUCAGCAGUGAGAAAGGUUUGCAUUCUCGACUUUCGCUAUCUGUGUUAAUAAUAACUUGUGCGAUCAUUAAACCCCGAUGCUUGACACACUUGAGGUCUAAUUUUCUUACUUGUAUUUCUUCCUUGUGAUCAAUCAUUACAUUAUUUUAUAUCGAUGUCUAUCUUAUGGGUAAACUCGCCCAGAAUAUAUUUUAACUUAGGACAUGCUAUUUUUAUUUUGUGAUUGUACCUAAUUAUUAUUUUUUAAUAUUUCUUAAUUAAAAAUAUGAAGAUCAGUGUAAUUUGUAUUAAAAUAAUUUGAUAAUUUGUCGACAUCGUUAAUAUGUAAGAAUUGCUAUUAUUUAUUACAUCAUCCUUAUUUUGAAAAUAUAAUUCUGUAUUGAAAGUUUGCAUUUUGUUAAUUUAUUUGUCGAGAGAUUAAAAUUAUUUUUAAGAUCA